AUGACUGCCAGAUCUUUUGUAAAAUUUCUGAAAAUAGGGAUUUGGAAAGAUUUUGGGGUAAAAACGUGUUUCUUGAAUAGCGAAUUGACGUGAAAUAUGCCUUUUAUCAUGGAUUUUAGCUUAGAGGAGCUUAUAGAGAGGAUUGGAUAUUCAAAAUCGUGAGCUUCAAGUAGCUCAGUUGGCUCCAUUUGUAAAAACCUGAUUAGCUUUGGGGAGAGCUUGGGAUUAGAGAGACACAUUAGUGAACAAAUCAUCCUGUCCAGCUUGGACUCGUUCUUUUUCAGCUUUUUUAAAGCACACUUUGAAGCUUCUUCAAUGCUCAUGAUGAUUUCUGAUGUUUCACGGAUUAUCUCAGAAUGGUAG